UUCGCUCUCAUUGCUCUCGGCCGUGUCUGCCUGCCUGCUUUGGGUUCCCCUCGUAGCAGAGAAUUAGAUAGAUAGGAUCAGGCUGAGAGAAUGAGAAGAGCUACUACUACUACCGAUAUGGUUCAAAGGGAUAUGGACGAGUUCGCUAGGUAGCAAACUUCUUUGCGCUUGCCUCUUUUGGUAGUCGGCGUGGAGGAUUCUGGUGUUUCUACACCUAUGCAUGUCAUGAUGGAACUACACGCGAUCCAGCCCGCGAGAUCAAAACAUAGGGCUUCGAUGUUUGAUGUGCGUUUUGGCAUUGUGCUGAAAUAUUCAUCAAGGAGUUGUCGAAGCCAUUUUUGAUACAAAACGAUGUGCGUACAAGAAAGCUUCACGAGUUGAUGUAUGAUGUAAUGAAAAAAAUGGUUAUGACAGAAUUUGCCGAGUUUACCCAAAUCAUAGGAGAAGUCAUAGUGAUCCGAUCAUCCAUGUAGUUAAUCAUCGGUAUCCACAGCGGGGCAAAAACUGCCUCUAAGAAAGGCUUCUCAUGGGUGGCUUAGAUGUGUCUCUAAGCACACUACAGAUUUUUGCCUGCCUCUAAGUUUAGAGGUCUCUUCCCUCGGAGGCAGCCUCCAAGAGCCAAAGAUAUCAAAGGACCCACUUGUCAGUCUCCAAGCACAAAAGUUUAAAAUGUUAUUGCCAAAGAUAUCAAAGGACUCACUUGUCAUUCUCCAAGCACUAAAGUUCAAAAAAUUAUUUACUUGCUGGUGGAGCCCAUCUUUGAGGCAUCAAUUGAUUACCUUCGGUCUAGGUUUUAUCGAACUAGGAAGUGAUAUGCUUGGUGAGAUGACGUCUUGGAAUCCUUGUUGUCGCGUAAUGUUUUUAUUUACAGGACGAACACAAAACAAUUGCAGUGGUUAUCAAUAUACAUAAGAAGAAAUACGCUAGAGCGUAGAUAUCACCCACAGCUUAAUUAGUACACCUGUAAUGGAUUUUAAGAUAAUCAAAAAGCAAAUAUAUAAUUGAGAAAAUCAUAAGUGAGCUGCAUCCAUGUAACACUACAACUGUUGCUCAGUUUCCGUCUUGCGGGGUUGCCUCAAUUAUUUAAGGAUUUACUGAAACAACGCCUUAGCGUUUCGGUGAAGUCAGCAUUGUUCCGUGGGGAAUCGGAUCUGGCUACCUUACCUCACUUUUACUGUCACCAUUCCAACUUUCAGUAUAUAUACUACCUUCCUCGCUACCACUAAUGUUUUCUGUGUGUCUACUCAUGCAUGGUACCAAAGAGAUCGAGAGAGUAAAGAAAAAUGGAAGCUAAUCCAUCAUGUUAGGUCACGUAGUAUAAUAUUCUCUUAGAAAUGUCAUGUAGGAUAAUCAAUAACUUAAAAGAGAACGGAAAAACAUUCAGUUUUGCCUUCUUUUGACUAACAUAUGAUCUCUUCACAUGCUAUUUUACUAGAUUUUAUCUUUUCAUACAACUUAACCAAUUUUAAGCGUCACAUAUUUCUAUGUUCAAGGUAGCAUUAAUUGUAAGAGACAUUAACAAAUAGCCUAUUGUAUAACAUUUUUUGUUGUGUUCUCUAAAUGAUAAGGUUUGCAUGUUUUCUGGUAAAACGUUAUCGCCCAUAAUAAUAGUAAAAGGGAUCAAACUACUUUCUUUACACAUAGUCAUGUACUGAUGAGUCACUCUGUAUAUUUGGUGCUUUGGACGUAAACAUGAACCAUAUAUGAACCGUGCUUACAGUGGGCCAAGGGGACAUGAAGUGUCUCUUUGCCUGUCGAAACUUUAAUUUUCUUUGUCUAGACCCGGAAAGGGGCAGUGAAUGGAGAGUGGCAGGGAUACCGUCUUGAUGCAAAUCUUUCGUCUGGGAAAAAAAAUAUGUAUGAAUAUGAAGUGUACAGCGGCUCUUGAGCCUCCCAGAGAGCUCUCAAUUUGCGUUACAAAAGAGAGAGCUCUCACCUUUUUUUAUUGAAUUUGCAGUCAUGUGCAUUACUGGCUAGUCUAGUACAGUAACUUUGAACUUUACUUCCAUGAUUGGUGCAAGAGGGCUGAGUCAUUCCAAGAAUACUUUAUGAGCUCCGAUACUUUAUUUCUUCUUCAAUGGAUGAUACACCUAAUUGGGUGUAUUCUAGAAAGAAAAAAGAGAUAAUUUAUGGCAUCCAAGUAUUAUUUUCUGAUGGUCUGGGUGAACCUACGUUUAGGUGGCUAAUUAAUUAGCUUAUGUUUGAAUUUGUAAGUUUCAGCACCGGCCUUGUGAAUAUAAACUAUGUAAGGCCGAUAAAUGAUAGUAUACCAUAAAACGCUCGGUCAUCCAUUAGACGUGUGCUGUUAUAAUGUAAAACGUACAUUACUCUUUGAUUCUCAGUUUUGUUCAUUUUAAUAUCUGAGUUGUUAAGCUUUAAAUCAAAUGGAAAAAAAAACUAAUGGCUGGCAUAACUAGGGCUGGAUACUGAGCGCAAAUCGGCUCGGCUUGGCUCAACUUGACUCGCUUCAACUCGUUAAGUUAACGAGCUAGGUUGACUCGACUCGUUAACAUAACGAGAGUUAGCUUGUUAAACUCAUUAAGCUCGGUAACAAAAUUGGAUAUUAAUCUUCUAUAGAUUUGAUUGUCGCAGCAUGUAUUAUACAUGUAUACGGACAAAUGAGCUAGCAUGAUUAAAAAUAACAAAAUGGAGUUCAUAACACUCAACUUACACGACUCCAUGGGAUUAUAGAAUAAUUCAUGUGCCGGGAGCCUGGAUUAUAUGGACGGAGUUACACGAGUUUAAUGAGUCACUCGCUACUCGACUCGUUUACGGUAACGAGUUCAAAUCCAAACUCAGCUCGACUCGUUUAGCUCCAAUUUUGAGCUGACUCGAGUCGAGUAAAUAGCUAUUCGUUUAACUCACGAGUUUCUAACUAAAUGUACAGCCCGAGGCACACAGCAAGGGGACAAUAUUUAGUUCAACUAGCCCUCCAGCUAAAAAUACACCUAUUCCAAGCGGGCCCUUCGGAGAUGCGGAAGUUACUAGGGUUUUAUUUCUGACAGUAACCGGUCUAUGAAGUAUGUCCUAUAGAAGGGAUAGUAUUAGCUUCCUGUAAUAAAAAUGUGAUGAUCUUUUUAUUUGAACAUUAAAUUUUGUAUUUUAUAAAUUUAAGUGUGUUCUGGCUCAUCAACACAUUCGGGGUGCAUAUAUUAAAAGGACGAAAGUUUCAUAGUUAUGACUAAAUCAUCGUGAUCGAUGCUAAUUUUUUAAUUACUUCCAGCAUGUCCAUUGUCCAACAUCAUAGCUUCUCACCCUUCUAUCGAGAAAAUUGCUAUCGCUAGGCAAAAAACGUCUCCAACAGCAUAGCCGACACAACCUCCAUAUUUGAAGAUCAUCUGUAUUGUCCUCUAUGUUAGACUACUGCCUGAGAGCAGCUAGUUAAAAUUUCUAGUCUAGCUUUGCUCCUUUGAGUUGUGGGCUUGUAUAUAUAACUCUGCUUUGCCUUUUUCCUGCUUAACAAAUGAAAAGUAGCGCUGCUACAGUUCAUUAAAAAAAUGGCUAGUGAAUAUGAAGGGUGAAACAUGGAUGUGAUGUUGGAGAUACUAGUCAAAUUUGGCUAGCGAAAUUUCUAGAUGGUCUACUCAAAUUUAGCUAGUCUCUUGGACACUCUCAUCAUUUUGAAUUCAAUUCCUAGAAACCUAAGAACGGCUUGGACAUGCUGAGAGCUAAUAUAUAUCUCUAGUUAGUGCAGGCCUAGUUAUUCAUUGGAGGAACAGUUUUAUGAGCUAAAUGUGCAAUUAAUUUGCUCUCGGGCACAAAUUAAAAGAUUGGCCUUGGUUAAUUUUAUGCUAGGAGUAGGCCAAACUGCAAGCCAUAUUUGUGCUACAGCAAACUAUUGAUCCUUUGCCCUAAUCCGAGGGCACGCUACAGUUAGCAGGGAAUGAUUGCGCGCCACAUAGGAUUAUACACCACAAGGAUCAUGCAUAACGACAUCCCCUAGUGUGAGGCCGACCUGAUCCUGGUCGGGCCCUAGGAAUUCUAACGUGUGUUUGCACAGCGCCCGACGUGUUUUACUGUUCCCCACCGUUCAUGAGCCACAGUAUAGCUCAUCCCUUUCCUGUGCCGCCUCUCUCCCUGCCUCUCUCUGAAAGUGAUCACACAAGGAGACCUAGAUCCCUCCUCUCUUGCUGGUUCCUUUAUAAAAGGGACCUGCCUCCCCCUCCUGUCCAUGAUCUUUCUUUGCUCCUGCAAAUUGCCUUCUCCAAGCUACACAUAGUUCACUUACCCUCCAUCUCAUCCUGAUCUCCAUUUUUAUCUAUCACCUGCACUCUAGCUGCAGGCAGCCUAUAGCUAGUACCUAGAUCCCUUUCUAGGUUCAUCUAGAUCUCAGCAUGUCUACCAUCUACAUGAGCCAGCUCUCUGCUGCUUUCCCUCUGAUGGAGGAAGAUCAUCACCAGGAUCACCAUCAAGGCCACUUCCAGAAUUUCACCUUACCCAAAGAUCCCCCAAUCUUGUUCCCUUUUGUAAUCAACAACAGCAGCCCUAGUGACAACAGUCUCAGCUAUGGAUCAGGCCAUCACUUGAGGCAGCAGCAUCAUGCUAUGCUAGAGGCGCCCCAACAUAUGAUUGGUGGAUCAUCAAGUGUGUUCUUGGCACCGUUCCCAACCGUCGAGAGCAUCCGUGACGACAUGAUCGAGCGAUCCUCCUCGUAUGAUCCAUACGAUAUCGAGAAGCUGCAGGCCACCAAUGGAUCACUCAAGGCCCGCAAGUGGACGGCGCCUGCUCCUGCAGCCAAGAUGAGGAUCACAAGGAAGACGAGCGAUCCAGCUGGGACGGUGAAGAAGCCAAGGAAGAGGGCGCAGGCAUAUGAGGAUCAUCAUAUGAACCAGGGGCAGGCUCUGGGUGUUAUUAGGACGUGCUCCGACUGCAACACCACCAAGACCCCCUUGUGGAGGAGUGGUCCCUGUGGUCCCAAGUCGCUCUGCAACGCGUGUGGCAUCAGGCAGCGGAAGGCGCGGCGAGCCAUGAUGGCCCCUGGGGCGGCGCCGCUCACCACCGGCAGCGGCAUCGUCGGGGGCAAGGGCACCGGUGAUGCACACCCCAAGGCGAAGAAGGAGAAGAGAGCAGCGGACGUCGACCGGUCUCUGCCGUUCAAGAAACGGUGCAAGGUGGUGAUCCAGGACCACACUGCCACGAACGGUGCCGCUCCUGUCGAGGCCAACGCCGCUGAGCCUGCCGCCGUUAGCGUCAGCACCGCUGCCGCUGCACCGGUGAAGGAGGGUCUCGUCAACACCAUCGGGGUCAACUGGAGCAACAGCCCAACAGCGCCUGGAACCGCCUGCAGCUUCCUGCCAUCAUCGGUGCCGGCGCUGGACGAGAUCACGGACGCCGCCAUGCUGCUCAUGACGCUGUCCUGCGAGCUUGUCCGGAGCUGAUCGAUCGAGAGAUCUGUUAGGCGGUCAGUACGGUCGUCCGUGCUGCGCUGCAUGCGUUUUGGCUUCUUGUUCUUGUUGCUAGUGUAACUCUGCGCUACUGUUAAAGUCUUGUGAUUCGUUUUGUGUGUAAGAUUAAGACAGAGUGGAUCAAAGAGAUCUAGGGAGAGAAUUAAAGAGGAGUAGAAAUCAAACAAUGAGAGAAGAUAAUAAGGAGAAAAAGAAACGAUGCGUCAGCUAGGUAGCUAGCUAGGAUCUGCAGGCAAAAGCACUGUGAGUUCAGUGUGGAGUAGUAUCUUUUUGUUGCUGCGGCUAAUUAAGCCACUGGCUACUAUAGCAUGUAUGUUUGUUCUUUGUUUUGUUUCAACCACCAUUGUACUUUGGCUCUGUAAUAAUAAGGAGAGACCGGACCACGAAUUGUUGCUGUUCA